UGUGCCCCCAUUAUGGUUGGGAUUUUUUAGAUCAGCAGUUAUUGCUAUUUCGCCAUAUUUAUAAAUCUUCUACUGGCCUACUAAGUCCCAACAUAAUGAGAGUAAAAACCACAGGUUACGAUAAUAAAUGCACCUGGUGAACAUUACAAAAAUAAAUAUGAUUAGGUGGUUCGGCAAGCGAAAUCGGAAUACCCCAAACGUUGUGCUGUAUUUUUAGUAUAUUUUGUAAGAUCCCAUUGGUAUAUUUACUCUAUGCGGUCACACUAGGCACAACGUCCCUCAUACGAUUGACAAAUUAAAGUUAAAAUUGGCAAUUUACUGAGGAAAAAUGAAUUUAAAGGCGGAAGUUUUGCUCUGUUUUGUGCUAGGCGCAGUGGCUGGCAGCUGGGGCUUCCUCGAGCAUGACAGUUGGGUUACAGUGGAGCUCCAACAUUCGUUGGUUGCCAACUCGGACAUCUUUUCUUUCCGCGGAAAUGUGACAAUUCCCAGCCUGAACUCCGGAUUGGCCAAUGUGGAUCAACCAACUUUAAGUAACUCCGAUCUGGACUUGCUAAAGAAACUGGCGCUAAACAAUGAGUUUUACCGCUUAAGGGCUACGGUGGUCUACUCAAACGGCGCCAAGUCGCAGUUCAUCACCUCCAACAAGGCCUGUCGUCUGCUGCAAGCGCAACUAAAUGACGUGCUGUGGGUGUCGCUUGAUCCCUCCGGAUACGUUACCGGCAUUACCGUCGCUCAGGACACGGUUCCCGCCGCCGUUGAGUGCACCCAGGAGGAUGUUGAUAAGCUGGUUGAGUCCCAAUUCAGCACCGACGUCCUGAUUCGCCACGCUGAACUGGCUCCCGUGCCGGAUACCGCUGGCUUCAUUCAGAAGGUGGAGCGCGAGCGAGAGGCAAGGGAGCGCGGCGAAGUUCGCGAUAACCGUGGUUUCUUUGCCAAAUACUGGAUGUACAUCGUUCCGGUGGUCCUGUUGGUGUUCAUUUCGGGAGCCACCAACCAAGACGGUGCCAAAUAAGUUAACCUGUAUUAAUUUGGUGCACACUUUUGUUUUUUAGCAUUUCUUAAUCACAAUUCCUAGGAAAUUCUGGAUUUACUAAGUCAAGUCAUAGCAAUUAAAAACGUAUGUAAAUUAAAUAAAUUGAUUAAACCUAUUGAAACAAAAAA